ACUAAAUUAUUAAUUUUUGUUUUCUUCAAUAUAUAGCCAAAGAAUGAUGUCUUUCUGUGUACACUUACUUCUUACUCUCUAGCUAGCCAUGGAAAUGUUUUCAUCAUCUCGUUCCUUGUCCUAUAAACUAAGCUCUUUGUCUACUGAAGCAAGUGCUUCUUCUGGUAACAACACACUCAGUACCAUCCAAGAAUUCAGUGGCUUUAACAAUGUGAUUUCUAGUGUUUGUACACACACAGAGACUCACAAGACUAAGAAAAGGAGAGGCCUUCCUGGCAAUCCUGAUCCAGAUGCAGAGGUGAUAGCAUUAUCACCAAAGACACUUCUUGCAACAAACAGAUUCGUUUGUGAGAUAUGCAACAAAGGGUUUCAAAGAGAUCAGAAUCUACAGCUUCACAGGAGAGGCCACAAUCUUCCAUGGAAGCUGAAACAGAAGAACAGCAAAGAACAACAAAAGAAGAAAGUUUAUGUCUGCCCAGAGACAAACUGUGUUCAUCAUCAUCCAUCUAGAGCUCUUGGUGAUCUCACAGGGAUCAAGAAACACUUUUGCAGGAAACAUGGAGAGAAGAAAUGGAAAUGUGAAAAGUGUUCAAAGUUCUAUGCUGUUCAAUCUGAUUGGAAAGCUCAUACCAAGAUCUGUGGUACAAGAGAGUAUAGAUGUGACUGUGGCACUCUUUUCUCGAGGAAAGACAGUUUCAUAACGCAUAGAGCGUUUUGUGAUGCAUUAGCAGAAGAAAGUGCAAGAAUCCACUCAACUUCUUCCUCCAAUCUCACAAACCCUAACCCUAUUUUCCACGACCAUCAUCACUUUAUGGUCAACAAAUCUUCUUCCUUCCUCUUCACGUCAUCACCUCUUUACAACGAACCAUCACAUUCCACGGCCGCUCUUUCGACGUCUUCCACGGCAGCUCUUUCCGCGACGGCUCUCCUCCAAAAGGCCACCGCUCUCAGCUCCUCCUCCACUUUGGGCGGCGGAGGACAGACUCGAUCAAUUGGUCAUCACCGACAUUUAACGACGGUCAACGAGCUUCUUGGUGUUGAUCGUGUCAUGGUGACGUCAUCUUCUUCGUCUGAGUACGACCAGCUAGUUGUUGAUGGGUUAACGUCCACGUGGCAGAAAGCUGACCGUUUGACCAGAGACUUUCUUGGACUCACGGGUCAUGGAAUGCACGUUAGCGUGAGACCCGGUGAUAUGCUAGAGUACGCAGGUGGAGUGGCGUUUCCUAUGUCGGCGUACGAUACCGAAUCUCAUCAUCACUCGUUUCAGAAGGCUUACGAUCAUCUGGGAUUCUCAGGGCCCCAUCGUCGUAUCGAACCGAGUCAGGAGUGGUUAUCGGAUGAAUGUAUCUGGAAACGAAACUGUGGAACGAUGAUGAAAUGGGGAACAUUGCUUAAGGACUUGAAGGAUAAGGUUGGAGUAGCUGAAACAACCGGCGAGUUAAUCGCCGGAGACUCCGUCAGUGACCCCACUACUCCACCGUCCUCUUCCCUAGCUGCUUCUUCGUCCUCUAGUUACGCUGCCUCAGCUCAACAUGACUUCAAUUUAUUAUCUCCUUCAAGCCGAGAUAAACUUAAGUUGGAACUGGACUUCAAGAGAUACUGGGAAGAGUUCCGUUCAUCAAGCUCUGAGCAGGAGAAAGAAGCCGCCUUGAAUCUUAGUGUCAAUACGUUUUGUAGACUAGUGAAGCAGCAUGCUAACGUAGAUCAGUUAGUUACCAUGUUAGUAGAACCACAUAUAUUCUCUUUCGUCAUUGGGAGAGCAUUUGUGGCAGAUGUUGAAAAGUUAAAAAUUUGCAGCAAGACAAGGUCAUUAGAUGUAGAGAAAUUAAUAAAGUUUUUUUCUGAAGUCACCGAGGAGGGUUUAAGUCAUGGUGCAAACCUUUUAACUGCUAUUGGAGUCCUUGCAUCUGGGCCUUUCGACAAACAAUCUCUACUGGAUUCUGGGAUAUUAUGUUGUUUAAUACACACUCUCAAUGCGUUUCUCACAUAUAGUGUAGCCAGUGAAGGUGAAAAAACUGAAAAGGUUGAGGGGAGUGUUGUCCAUAUCAUGAAAGCAUUGGCAAGCCAUCCUUCUGCUGCACAGAGUUUGAUUGAAGAUGACUCCCUUCAGCUGCUUUUCAAUAUGGUUGCCAAUGGUUCUCUCAUGGCUUUCUCUCGAUAUAAAGAAGGCCUGGUUUCAUCCCAUAACAUACAGCUUCACAUACAUGCAAUGCAGAUUCUUGGGCUUCUUCUUGUCAAUGACAAUGGUAGCACGGCAAGCUACAUACGCAAACACCAUCUGAUAAAAGUUCUUCUAAUGGCUGUCAAAGAAUUUGAUCCGGAUUGUGGGGACUCUGCUUAUACAAUGGGCAUUGUGGAUUUGUUACUUGAAUGUGUGGAACUUUCAUACAGACCUGAAACUGGUGGAGUCAGGCUAAAAGAGGACAUACGAAAUGCACAUGGUUACCAUUUCCUUGUACAAUUGCUUGAUGUUCUUGUCACCUUGGCUCAGACUGGUCCCAUUGAGUCAUCUGGAACAAGUACAUCACUAUUGUCCAACGCUAAGCCCACUGGGUAUAGCAGAAGUCAAACACCAUCUGGUAACAGUCAGUAUGAUGACGCAUGGGAACAGGGAAGUGGUAAAGUUAAAGACCUUGAAGCUGUCCAAAUGUUGCAAGACAUCUUUCUGAAAGCAGAGAACAAGGAUCUUCAGGCUGAAGUGUUAAACCGAAUGUUCAAGAUAUUCACGAGCCAUUUGGAAAACUAUAGAAUGUGCCAAGAAUUAAGGACAGUUCCACUUCUCGUGCUGAACAUGGGUGGUUUUCCUUCCUCACUGCAAGAGUUAAUCCUCAAAAUUCUUGAAUAUGCUGUCACAGUUGUAAAUUGUGUUCCAGAGCAAGAACUAUUGUCACUUUGUUUCUUGUUGCAACAGCCAAUCAAUUCUGAGUUGAAGCAUACCAUACUUUCUUUCUUUGUAAAGCUCACAUCUUUUGAUCAACAGUACAAGAAAGUCCUAGGUGAAGUUGGUGUUUUGGAAGUCUUACAAGAUGAUCUGAAGCAGCACAAGCUUCUCAGGGGUCCAGAUCAGUAUAGUGGAGUUUCUAAUCAUUUGGAACGGGUACCUAGCUCACCUAGCUUCAAACAACACCUGGAUAAUAAGGAUGCCAUCAUUUCAUCACCAAAGCUGAUGGAAUCUGGUUCAGGAAACUUACCUAUCUUUGAAGUUGAAAGAACUAUAACUGUUGGUUGGGAUUGUAUGAUCUCAUUACUAAAGAAAUCUGAAGCUAAUCAGGAAGCUUUUCGUUCUGCCAAUGGCGUGACUAUUAUUCUUCCCUUCUUGAUAUCUGAUGAACAUCGUACCAGUGUGUUGAGGAUUUUGUCAUUAUUAAUCACAGAAGACAUUAAACAGGUCCAUCAUGAAGAGUUAGAAGCUGUUAUCGAUGUGUUGAAGAGUGGAAUGGUCACCCGAGUCUCUGGACAUCAAUACAAGCUUCACUAUGAAGCCAGAUGUGAUAUCAUGGGUGCUCUGUGGCGUAUUAUUGGGGUUAAUGGCUCUGCUCAAAGAGUCUUUGGUGAAGCCACCGGUUUCUCUCUUCUAUUGACCACCCUUCAUACGUUCCAAGGGGAAGAAGAGUGUAGGGAUGAGUCUCAUUUGAUGGUUUACAUCAAAUUGUUCAAACAUCUAUUGCGUCUCAUGACAACUGCAGUCUGUGAGAAUGCUAUCAAUAGGAUGAAACUGCACAGUGUCAUUACAUCUCAGACAUUUUAUGAUCUUCUGGUGGAGUCUGGUUUGCUGUGUGUUGAUCUUGAAAGACAGGUGAUACAACUGCUGUUAGAACUUGCACUUGAAAUUUUGCUUCCACCGUUUUUGACAUCAGAAUCUAUGGCAUCAGCGGAGACGGCAGAAAGUGAAAAAGCAAGCUUUCUUGUAAAAACCCCGUCUGGCCAAUUUAAUCCUGACAAGCAGAAGAUCUAUAAUGCAGGUGCUGUUAGAGUUGUGAUCCGUUCACUGUUGCUUUUUACUCCAAAAAAGCAGUUGGAAUUUCUGAAUCUUCUAGAAAGGCUUGCACGUGCCAGCCCAUUCAACCAGGAAAACCUCACGUCAGCUGGUUGCGUAGAACUCCUGCUAGAGAUUAUCCACCCCUUUCUUCCGGGUUCAUCCCCAUUUCUUUCUCAUGCUUUAAAGAUUGUUGAAGUUCUUGGGGCGUAUAGAUUGUCUCCAUCCGAGCUCAAAAUGCUGUGUCGAUAUGUCAUGCAAAUGAGGGUUAUGAAUUCGGGCCCCUCACUAGUUGGUAUGAUGGAAAAGCUAAUUCUCAUGGAAGACAUAGGAUUGGAACAUGUUUCCCUGGCUCCUUUUGUAGAAAUGGACAUGAGCAAAACUGGGCAUGCUUCUGUUCAGGUGUCCCUGGGAGAAAGAUCUUGGCCUCCUGCUGCUGGUUAUUCAUUUGUUUGCUGGUUCCAGUUUCGUAAUUUUUUGACAACCCAAGGAAAAGAAUCAGAAGUCUAUAAAGCUGGUGGUUCAUCAAAGACGCCCAUUUUGAGUGGGCAGCAAAGUGAUCAAAAUGUUUUCCGGAUAUUUUCUGUUAAUGCCAUAAGUAAUGAAAGUCCAUCCUAUGCAGAACUUUAUUUUCAAGAAGAUGGUAUUCUGACCCUUGCCACUAGCAAUUCAAAUUCUUUGUCAUUUUCUGGAUUAGAAACUGAGGAGGGCAAGUGGCAUCACCUCGCUGUUGUUCAUAGUAAGCCGAGUGCUCUUGCUGGACUCUUUCAGGCUAGCGUUGCUUAUGUUUAUAUUGAUGGAAAACUAAGGCACAUGGGUAAACUGGGGUAUUCCCCUUCACCUGUUGGAAAAUCUUUGCAAGUAAUAAUUGGAACUCCAGCUACUUGUGCCAGGGUUAGCAAUUUGACAUGGAAAUUACGCUCAUGUUAUCUCUUUGAGGAGGUGCUCACGUCAGGCUGCAUUGGUUUCAUGUACAUUAUCGGUAGAGGGUAUACAGGUCUUUUUCAGGAUGCAUAUCUCUUACGUUUCGUGCCUAAUCAGGCUUGUGGUGGGGGAAGCAUGGCUAUCCUUGAUUUGUUAGACACUGACAUGUCGUCAUCGUCUAGUAUCCAAAAAUUUGACGACAGUAAUAGACAAGGGGAUUUUAAGGCACAUGGUAGUGGGAUUGUAUGGGAUCUCGAGAGGUUAGGAAAUCUUUCAAUUCAGUUACCUGGUAAGAAACUUAUUUUGGCAUUUGAUGGAACAUGCUCAGAGUUCAUGCGAGCGACUGGAAGUUUUUCCCUCCUCAAUCUUGUUGACCCAUUGUCCGCUGCUGCCUCUCUUAUUGGAGGAAUACCGCGUUUCGGGCGCCUGGUGGGAAAUGUGAGUAUCUGCAGACAAAAUGUGAUUGGCAAUAGUAUCCGCCCUGUGGGAGGAAUGGCUGUUGUACUUGCACUUGUUGAGGCUGCCGAAUCUAGAGAUAUGCUACAUAUGGCUCUUUCAUUGCUUGCCUGUGCGCUUCAUCAGAAUUCCCAGAAUGUAAAGGAUAUGGAAACAUACAGAGGCUAUCACUUACUAGCUCUGUUUUUACGUCCCAAGAUGACGCUCUUUGACAUGCAAUGUUUGGAGAUAUUUUUCCAAAUUUCUGCAUGUGAAGCUUUCUUUUCAGAGCCAAAGAAGUUGGAGAGUGGACAAAGUACUAUUAGCAUGUCACCUACGGAGAUUAUACCUGAAAACAACUAUGAGGAUCCUAGUCUGUCAAAGUUUCAAUAUGAAACUUCUUCAGUUGGAUCUCAUGGAGAUAUGGAUGAUUUUUCGGGGCCCAAAGAUUCCUUUAGUCAUUUGUCUGAGCUUGAAAUGGGAGAUAGUGUUGAAACUUCGAACUGCAUUGUCUUAUCCGAUGCAGAUAUGGUGGAACAUGUCCUCCUGGACUGGACCCUCUGGGUGACAGCCCCUGUUUCCAUUCAGAUCGCCUUACUUGGCUUUCUAGAGAAUCUCAUCUCAAUGCUCUGGUACAGGAGUCACAAUCUUACAAUUCUGCGUCGAAUCAAUCUGGUGAAACAUUUGUUAGUAACACUUCAACGAGGGGAUGUGGAAGUUCUUGUCCUAGAAAAAUUAGUUAUUCUUCUUGGAUGCAUCUUAGAAGACAUGUUCCUUACUUCUGAGCUUGAAGAUGUGGUUAGGUUUGUGAUUAUGACAUUUAAUCCACCUGAAAUAAAGUCACGAAACUCAUCAAUGCGCGAGUCAAUGGGAAAGCAUGUUAUUGUGAGAAAUUUGGUUUUGGAAAUGCUUAUUGAUCUCCAGGUAACCAUAAAAGCAGAAGAACUGCUGGAGCAGUGGCAUAAGAUAGUUUCAUCAAAAUUAAUAACGUACUUCCUUGAUGGAGCUGUGCAUCCUAGUAGUAUGAGAUGGAUUAUGACUCUUCUCGGUGUUUGUCUUACUUCUUCCCCAAACUUUUCUCUUAAAUUUUUUGCAAGUGGAGGUUAUCAGGGGCUGGUACGGGUACUUCAAAGCUUUUAUGAUUCUCCAGACAUAUAUUACAUUUUGUUCUGUUUGAUUUUCGGAAAACCUGUUUAUCCAAGACUACCAGAGGUCCGAAUGUUAGACUUUCAUGCACUAAUGCCGGAUGAUGGAAGCCAUGUGGAGUUGAAGUUUGUAGAUCUGUUGGAUUCAGUGGUUGCCAUGGCUAAAUCUACUUUUGACAGAUUGAUCAUGCAAUCAAUGCUUGCCCACCAGUCUGGGAACCUUUCACAGGUGAGCGCUAGCCUUGUAGCUGAGCUUGUAGAGGGCAAUACAGAUAUGACUGGAGAGCUUCAAGGAGAAGCUUUAAUGCAUAAAACAUAUGCGGCACGGUUGAUGGGUGGUGAAGCAUCAGCUCCUGCCACUGCAACGUCUGUUAUCCGUUUCAUGGUUGAUCUAGCAAAGAUGUGCCCUCAAUUUUCAGCUGUUUGCAGAAGCACAGAAUUUCUCCAAAAGUGUGCUGAUCUUUACUUUUCUUGUGUCAGGGCUUCUCAUGCUGUUAAGAUGGCCAAACAGCUCUCCAUGAAAGCAGAGGAGCAGAAUAUAAGUGGUGGUGAUGAUAGCAGCGCAGAAGGGACUUUCUGUAGAUUGCCUCACCAGGACCAGUCCACAAAAACCUCCAUCAGUGCUGGAAGCUUCCCUCAAGAGCAGGCCAGUGUGAGUUCUGAAGACAUGUCUUUCCCUUCGGAUUAUGUGGCUGUUGAUAAGGUGGAGAACAUUCUUACAACACCGCCAGGAGAAUCAAACAAAUCAUUUCAAGGUCGUGAAUAUGUUAUGAAACAAGAUGGUGAUCAUGUUGGCCCUGUGUCAGCCUCCAGUGAAAGGAAAUCUCUAGAUCUUACAGGUAGUUUAAGUCAAGUUCAGCCAAUAGAUUCUCAAAGUUCUGAAUCUUUCUCGAUGCUAGAAUCUCCUCUUUUGUCUGAAAAAUCAAGUCUCGAAGUUCCAUUCAUUCCAUCCCCAUCUCCGGCUGCAUCCUGGCUAGGCUCGAACUGUAAUGAAUUAAAAAGUUCUACAAUUUCCACUCCUCAUCCGUCGCAUAUCUCAGUUAGUGAAUUUGAUGCAUCUUCAGAUCAAUCAUCAGGUUCACAAGGUUCAUCUGCUGCCCAUACAUUAUUUAAAAUUAGCCCAAAAGUUCUCCUCGAAACUGAUGAGUCUGGGUAUGGUGGUGGGCCGUGUUCUUCUGGAGCAAGUGCGGUGUUAGAUUUUAUGGCAGAGGUAUAUGCUGACAUAAUGACUGAUCAGAUCAAAGCAGUACAGGCUUUGGAAAGCAUUUUAGAAAUGCUUCCUUUAUAUGUGGAUCCUGAAUGUGUUCUAGUAUUUCAAGGCUUAUGCCUUAGCAGAGUCUUGAACUAUCUUGAAAGGCGUUUCUUGCGUGAUGAUGAAGAGGAUGACAAAAAACUAGACAAAAGAAAAUGGUCUGCAAACUUGGAUGCAUUUUGCUGGUUGAUUGUGGAUCGUGUCUAUAUGGGCGCUUUUCCUCAACCAACUGGAGUCCUUAGAACCCUUGAAUUUUUGUUAUCAAUCCUGCAAUUGGCUAAUAAAGAUGGUAGGGUUGAAGAAGUCACUUCUUCAGGGAAGGGUUUGUUGUCCAUUGGAAGAGCAACCAGGCAACUAGAUGCUUAUGUGCACUCAAUCCUGAAGAACACAAAUAGAACAAUACUAUAUUGUUUCCUACCAUCGUUCUUGAUAACUAUUGGAGAGGAGGACCUACCAUCACGUCUGGGCUUGCUUGCUGAAUCUACCAAGAAGCAAACUUCAAAGUUAAGUGUCGAGGAAUCUGGAAUUGAUAUCUCAGCAGUUCUUCAAUUGUUGGUAGCAAACAAGAAUAUCAUAUUAUGCCCAAGCAAUCUUGAUACAGAUUUGAAUUGCUGUCUGUGUGUGAAUUUAAUCUCUCUACUCCAUGACCAGAGAAAGAAUGUGCAAAACAUGGCAUCUAAUAUAAUCAAAUAUUUGCUGGUUCACCGAAAAUCUGCUUUGGAGGAUUUGCUUGUCCAAAAACCACACCGAGGACAAAAAUUUGAUGUACUACACGGGGGUUUUGAUAGAUUGCUGACUGGAAAUCUUCCAGAAUUCUCUAAGUGGCUGGAGAGCUCCGAACAAAUUAUAAGUAAAGUACUGGAGCAGGGUGCUGCAGUUAUGUGGAUACAGUACAUAGCUGGCUCGGCAAAAUUUCCUGAUGUUAGAAUGAAAGGCAUGGAUGGUCGCCGCACGAGAGAGAUGGGGAGAAAAUCACGAGAUACGUCGAAGUUAGACCUGAAACACUGGGAGCAGGUAAAUGAGCAAAGAUAUGCACUUGAAGUUGUGCGUGAUGCAAUGUCGGCUGAGCUUAGAGUUGUCCGGCAAAAUAAAUAUGGUUUGAUUCUUCAUGCCGAGAGUGUCUGGCAAAGUCACCUCCAACAUCUUGUACAUGAGCGUGGUAUAUUCCCAUUGCAUAUUUCCCGUGGAACUGAAGAUCAUAAAUGGCAACUCUGUCCUAUUGAAGGUCCAUACAGAAUGCGUAAAAAACUUGAACGAUGUAAACUGAAAAUUGAUAGCAUCCAUAAUUUACUAGAAGGGAAGUUGGAACUUGGAACAAUUGAGCUACUCAAAUCCGAAAAUGAAGAUGUUCUAGUUAUUUCUGAUAUGGAUUCUGAGCCAGCUUUCCUGCUAAGUGAACUUUACAGCGAGUCCUUUUCCGAGGAGGCUGAUGAUCUUAAGGAUGUUCGCUCUGCUAGAAAUGGAUGGAAUAGUGAUCGAUCAAGUAGUAAAAAUGAGGCGAGUCUUCAUAAUGCUCUUUCUUUUGGUGGCAAGUCUAGUACUACAGCAGCAUCUGUACCAAUAAGCGACAACACAGAUGAAAAAUCUGAGACUGGAUCUCCAAUUAAGUCAUCUUCUGGUAAAAUGGAUGAAAUCAGAGCUGUGGAGGAAGAAUCAGAGAAGGAACUGAACGAUGAUGGUGCGUAUCUGAUCAGACCUUAUCUGGAACAUCUUGAAAAGAUUAGGUUCCGAUAUAACUGUGAGAGAGUUGUUAGUUUGGACAAACAUGAUGGGAUCUUCUUAAUAGGGGAACUCUGCCUAUAUGUGAUAGAGAAUUUUUACAUUGAUGAUCAUGGGUGUAUCUGUGAGAAGGAAUGUGAAGACGAGCUAUCCAUUAUUGAUCAGGCUCUAGGUGUGAAAAGGCAAUUUACCGGAAGCUUGGAAUCCCAGUCCAAGUCUAGCACAUUAUGGAGUACAACAAUAAAAAUCGGCGCUGUAGGGGGAAGAGCAUGGGCAUAUGGUGGUGGAGCUUGGGGGAAGGAAAAAGUACGUGUGACUGGUAACUUGCCACAUCCUUGGCGUAUGUGGAAGCUGGAUAGUGUUCAUGAGAUUUUAAAACGUGAUUACGAGCUACGUCCAGUUGCUGUUGAGAUAUUUAGCAUGGAUGGAUGUAAUGAUCUCCUUGUGUUUCACAAGAAAGAGAGGGAAGAAGUCUUCAGAAAUCUCCUUGCCAUGAAUCUUCCAAGGAACAGCAUGCUUGAUACAACCAUAUCAGGAUCAGCGAAACAGGAAAGUAAAGAGGGUAGCCGUAUAUUCAAAUUGAUGGCAAAGUCUUUCACGAAAAGAUGGCAAAAUGGGGAGAUCAGCAAUUUCCAAUACCUAAUGCAUCUCAACACCCUAGCAGGACGUGGAUACAGUGAUCUCACACAGUAUCCUGUAUUUCCGUGGAUUCUAGCAGAUUAUGAUAGCGAGAGUCUUGAUUUGUCAGAUCCAAAGAAUUUUCGCAAGCUUGACAAACCAAUGGGUUGCCAGACGCCUGAAGGAGAAGAAGAAUUUAGGAAACGAUAUGAGAGCUGGGAUGAUCCAGAGGUUCCAAAAUUUCAUUACGGUUCUCACUAUUCAAGUGCUGGCAUUGUUUUGUUUUACCUUAUUCGCCUCGCACCAUUCAGUGCUGAAAAUCAGAAGCUGCAGGGUGGUCAAUUUGAUCAUGCCGAUCGACUUUUCAAUAGUAUUAGAGAGACUUGGCUUAGUGCAGCUGGAAAAGGAAAUACAUCAGAUGUGAAAGAACUAAUUCCUGAAUUUUUCUACAUGCCUGAAUUCUUAGAAAAUAGAUUUAACCUUGAUUUGGGUGAAAAACAGUCAGGGGAAAAGGUGAGUGAUGUAGUUUUACCUCCUUGGGCUAGAGGGAGUGUUCGUGAAUUCAUCCGCAAGCACAGAGAAGCUUUAGAGUCUGAUUAUGUUUCAGAGAAUCUGCAUCACUGGAUAGAUCUCAUCUUUGGGCACAAACAGAGAGGAAAGGCUGCAGAAAAUGCUGUUAAUGUUUUCUAUCAUUACACAUAUGAGGGGAAUGUGGAUGUAGAUGCAGUUACGGAUCCUGCCAUGAAAGCAUCCAUACUAGCACAGAUUAAUCAUUUUGGACAAACGCCGAAGCAACUAUUCCAGAAACCUCAUGUUAAAAGAAGGACAGACAGAAAAUUCCCUCCACACCCUCUGAAACACUCGAUGCAUCUUGUUCCUCGGGAUAUACGUAAAUGCUCAUCAUCUGUAAACCAGAUCAUCACUUUCAAUGAUAAGUUGCUUGUUGCCGGAUCUAACUGUUUCCUGAAACCCAGAGGCUAUAAGAAAUACAUAAGAUGGGGUUUCCCAGACAGGACCUUGAGAUUUAUGAGCUAUGAUCAGGACAAGCUCUUAUCCACCCAUGAAAAUCUCCAUGAAGGCAACCAGAUCCAGUGUGCUGGUGUUAGUCAUGACGGGCGCAUUGUGGUCACUGGAGCAGACGAUGGUCUAGUCUCUGUGUGGAGAGUCAGCAAGGAUGGCCCACGUGGUUCACGACGUUUACAGUUAGAGAAAUCCCUCUGUGCACACACAGCCAAGGUCACUUUUCUACGUGUAAGUCAACCUUACAUGAUGAUUGCAAGCAGUUCAGAUGACUGUACAGUUAUCAUAUGGGAUCUCAGUUCUUUAAAUUUUGUGAGGCAGCUUCCGAAUUUUCCGGUUCCCGUUUCAGCAGUCUACAUAAAUGACCUUACAGGAGAAAUCGUAACUGCUGCUGGAAGUGUACUUGCUGUUUGGAGCAUCAAUGGCGAUUGCCUUGCUGUGGUUAACACAUCACAAUUACCAUCUGAUUUGAUUGUAUCAGUAGCAGGUUCAACGUUUUCUGACUGGCUGGAAACAACAUGGUACGUGACUGGUCAUCAAAGCGGGGCAGUUAAAGUGUGGCGGAUGGUACAUUGUACUGAUCCGGUGAGUGCCGGUAGCAAAACACCUAACAACAGAACAGAAGGACUAAAUUUGGGGAAUCAGAAGCCAGAAUACAAAUUGCUUUUACACAAGGAGUUGAAAUUCCAUAAGCAAGCGGUCACAGCUCUGCAUCUCACGACCGACCUGAAGCAAUUACUGAGCGGCGAUUCAGCUGGACAUUUGCUUUCAUGGACAGUACCAGAGGAGAUAUUAAAAGCUUCACUCAGAAAAGUUUCAUAGUUUAGUAUCAAAAGCAUCAUCUAAAACUAGGACUAGAAUCUAGAGCAAUCACUGAUGAUCAGGAGACUUAAGGACAAAUCGCUGAAGCACCUAGGAGGUAGAUCAAAGUCAAAAUAGUAAAUGUUGUUGCUAAAUGGAGAAAAAACAAAGCAAGACAGAAACCCGUGGAUCUGACAAUAACUAAAAGGUUUCUCUUUAGAAUGUGUAAAUAGAGUUAACAGGGAAUUGUGUGUAUAGUAGACUAUUCUGCAAAGAAUAAGCUGAGCAAAUUUAG